AUGGCCAAAAACGCGGCAACGAUUUUCCUUCAGGUAUCUAUCGAUCGUUUAAAAUCGCAUAUAGAAGAAACCAAACAGAUCCUGAAGGAGAAGAAAGAAUUAAAAGUGCCAUACGACUUUCUCAACAAAUUAAUAAAAGACACCCGCAUUCACAUCGACAAAUUGAGCAACACGGAAUUAAACGAUACCCUCAUCAGCCAACUGACAGAAGCAACUUCAAUAAUCUACGACGCCGAGCACCUCGCAUCCGAAUUAGAAAACUUGCUUGAGCCUAAACUACGAUUAAAAAACUCAGGUACUGAUGAUAAAACAAUUACAAAUCCGUCUACUUCUAUCGUUCACAAACCAAAGCUCAAUACACGUUACUUCGAUGGAACCCAUGCGGACUUUGUUCCUUUCUGGCAAUACUUCGAUCGUCACUACCACUCCAACCCUAAUUAUGAUUCCGCAACGAAAUUCGAUUUCUUAGAAAUGCAUCUAAUAGGUGACGCCGCUAUCCACCUGAAAUACUAUAAACCAACGGCACAAAAUUACGAUUCAGUGGUAGCAUUGCUGAAACAACGAUAUGGUGAUAAAAGUAUAACAAUCCCGCUUAUCUACAAAGAAAUUAAAUCCUUCCCAAAAGCAACACUCAAUCUUCCGAGCCUGAAAAAUACGUACGACACCCUUGAAGCGCAACUACGGGCAUUAGAAAAUCUAGAUGAAAAGGUAAACGAAAAUACACUGCUUUUAGACACUCUCAUCGAAAAAUUUCCUGAGCAGUUUUACCUAAACAACUCCAUCUCGUUAUCAAGCAUGAAAUUAUUCCGUACAACCGUCGGUACUGCUCUACAAAAACGUGAACUGAUAUCCAUAUUAAAUAACACGUCGAUUACUCAACCAGCAGCCGCAUCCGCCUCGCCAUCUACAACAGCAGCACUCGUAACCUAUAAUAAAACUGAUCCAAAUGAAAAUACAAAUCGAAAUGAUAUGAAACCGAGCUGUAUUAUGUGCGGACAAGAACAUUGGACCACUGAAUGCACCAAAUUUACUACUUACGAAGAAAGGCGCAAACAAAUCGAAGGUAGCUGUUAUAUCUGCCUAAAAACUGGUCAUUCAUAUAAAAAAUGCAACAAACGAAACAAACCCUGUUUUUACUGCAAAAAAACUGGGAAUCAUCAUUCGUGCAUCUGUCCAACGAAAUUUGGUAUCGACAUCUCCAAACCAAAACAAACACCAUUAACUCAAAAUGAAAAGCCAGAAACAAACAGCCAACAAGAUCCCACGAAGAAAACCAACACACUUUCUUUGCUUAGCUCCAUAUCAACUACUUUACUAACAGCUACGGCAACUGUAUCAAAUCCCUGCAACGGUAAAAAUACAAAAAUACGUGUGAUUCUUGACUGCGGUAGUGACAAAUCUUCAUAA